AUGCUUGUAUCGCUUUUGUUCUUUAAAUCCACCACGAUAACCAAAAACAGGCAGUACAAAUACGCAAGAAGUCCACGCAGUUACUCGGGUGAGUUGGUGAUAAUGGUGCGUUCACAAAUUGCAACGAUGCUUCCCAUUCGCGACAUCCUGCUGCCCACGCCAACUGGCAGUGGAUCGGAGGUCAGCGUCCAUCCGGGACCGGUCCUUUUCAGUGGAAUCGUCGAGAAAACACCCAUCGGCCUGGAACAACUCUAUGCCGCGGACGUCUCGCGUUACCACGUCUUCAAGCGCUAG